AUUCACAUGCGUAUGCUUCGUGGGCACCCCCGGGGUGCCACCCCGUCCUCCCGUUGACUACAGUUCCUCCCAAACAAUUCUUCUCAACUCUCCAGCUGGAUGGUCCCUUCAGAUUGCUGAGUCUAUAUGACUCCCGACAGUGUCGGGCCGGCACUCGAGACUCUCUUAGGAAUACGGUACAGACUGUCUGCUAUGAGUUUGAGAUUCAUGUCAGCACAUACUGUCGAAAGGAAAUCAUCAAUCGCCCCGCAUGA